GCCGUGAGCUCUCUACAAAUUCUCCCGCCCCCUCGUCCCCAAACCAGGAAGUCGGGAGCUAACUUGAGCAUCGGUGAAGGAGGCGGUGUCGCGGGUGGUGGAGAUGGGGACCGGCGGGCGGAGCGGGCUACGGUUCGGGAAGGGAAGCGCGGAAAAAACAUCGAUGAACUACGCCUCCUCGGCAUCCAGCAGCUACAGGUGCAUCGAGUGUAACCAGGAGGCGACGGAACUAUACAGGGACUAUAAUCAUGGGGUGCUGAAGAUUACUAUCUGCAAAUCUUGCCAGAAGCCUGUGGACAAGUACAUCGAGUAUGAUCCUGUUAUCAUCUUGAUCAAUGCCAUUUUAUGCAAAGCACAAGCCUACAGGCAUAUUCUUUUCAAUACUGAGAUAAAUAUCCAUGGGAAGCUCUGCAUAUUUUGUUUGCUUUGUGAAGCAUAUCUGAGGUGGUUGCAGCUACAAGAUUCAAGCCAGCACACUGACCCUGAUGACUUAAUAAGAUAUGCCAAAGAAUGGGAUUUCUAUAGAAUGUUUACAAUAGCUUCUUUAGAACAAAUGACUUUCUUUAUUGGGAUUUUUUCUGGUUUAUGGCUAAUCCAACCCACAACACUGAGAAGAAAGUCCAACUUCAUUUUGCUUCUGAAAGCACUACUAUUGUCCAGCUAUGGGAAACUCCUGCUGAUUCCAGCCGUCAUUUGGGAACAUGACUACACUCCUCUAUGCCUCAAACUUAUAAAAGUAUUUGUCCUUACAUCAAAUUCUCAGGCAAUCAGAGUGACUCUAAACAUCAGUCGAAAGCUUUCAUUGUUGGCCAUCCUAAGUGGAUUAAUAUUUGAAAGCAGUGUGGUCUGCUUCUUCCAAAAGAUGGGAUGGGAUGUAGAAAGUAAUUGUUCCAUCUAUAAAACUUAAAUUUUUCUUGAAAAUAAAGAAGAAAAACUUCUUUUCAGGAAACUAUCUUACAUGGUGAUAUGAAUUCUUUUUUUCUGAAAAAUUCAUUCAAAAAAGGGACGUGCACUAGCAAAGUAAUUAGGAAUACAGUGGCACUUCUGAAAUACUGGUUGUAUUUCAAUAUUUAAUUAAAUGGUUUCUUUGUGCUCAGUUCUACUGUGUUUUCUAUAUCAGGGCUUCUUAAAUUUUUUCCAUUCAUAGCUCAUUUUUGCCCAAUAAAUUUUUACACAGUCCUGGGCAUAUAAGUUUAUAAGAUAGGUUUACAAAUCAAACUUUUGCUGAUAGUAAAUUAUAAUUUCUUAACACAUUCUGUUACAUGACUCAUAGUGUAAGAAUUUUUGUUCUCUAUCCUUUACUUUUUUUUAAUGGUUGUUCUAAAACAUCUUUUCUGUUCAAAUUGCCAAUUCUGUCUUCAUUUCCUAUUUAUAUCAGAUAAAUUUGCCUUCCAUUUUUUUUUUCCUGGGAAGGUACAAAUCAUGAAUUCCUAGAAUCACAGCUCCAUAGACUCAUAGAAUUUCAUUUAGUAAAACCUUCAUAGGACAGCUAGUCCAGCUUAUACUGAAACAUGAAUUCUUUUUGAAUCUCUUCCAGCUUUCUUGAAGAGAGGUCAUGUUCAUCAGUGGACACACUACUCAUCAACAUAAUCUAUUUUGUACUGUUUUGUUUAAGAAAUUUAGAUAGGUAGAUAGAAGAUAUAACUGAAAUCUGCUUCUUCUCGCCACUCUUUUUUUUCUUCCAGUCUCAAAGAUAUUUUCAACACCUCUGUGUUUCUAGGGUCUCCUCCUUUCCUUCCAUUUCUCAGAUCUAUCCCCUCUCAUCUCAGAAACUGUCAAAAUAUCCUUCAUUCUUUCUGGCAUUUUCAUUUGCUCCAUUGCCACUAAAUUGGAAUUCUAUUUUGCUGCCCUCCUGUCCACUACUGUAUCUUUCCUUCUUUUCACUAACAGACUUCUAGAGACAACAAACACAUAUUACCUGCUGUAUCUACUUUGUCACCACUUGCCUCAUUUCACUUCACUUCAAUCUAUUUACUGCUCUACUGAAAGUAAUCUCUUGAAAGUCAUUUAUAACCAAAUUAGUUACCAAAUUCAGUGUUCUUUUUUCCAUCUUAAUUCUUUUUUUGUUUCUCUCCAGAAUGACAUUUGCCUAAUUUUUGAGCUUCUUUCUAAUUGUUCUUCCUGUCUGUUCACUGCCUUCUUUCCUUCUAAUAGCCCCUAAAUGUAGCUAUUCCCCCAAGCUUUUGUCCCUAACCAUUACCCCUCAUAUAAAUGUCUUAUUUCCAUGAUUUCAGUUACCUCUUUGCAAAUAAUUUACGAAUCUAGUCCCAGUUUCUCCUUCAGGUUCUGUUUUUGAAUCUCUGUCAGAUUUUUUUCACUUAAUUAUCCAUCACCAUAAACUCAAAGUGUUCGCCAGAUUCAUCAUUUUUCUCAUUUUCUCUCCCAACCAACUGUAAAGGAAUUCCCUCUCCUGUGUCCCUCUUUAUCUCAGUGGCAUUCUUUCAGUCAGGCACAGAACCUCAACUUUCUUGGAUUUUACCUUUGCUCCUUACAUGCCAUCUAUUACCAUUCCCUAUCACACCUUCCCUUUGCAGUCUUACAAUGGCUCAUUUCUUUUAGUUAUCACUACCAGCUCUCUUAAUCCUGGGCCUUAAUUAUCAUGCCUAGACUAUUUAAAUAAUUUCCCAACUAAUGAGAUUCUUUCCUCAAGAUCCUUUCCCUCCAAUAGAAUUUGCACAUUGGUAGCAAAUUGAUUCUUCCUGAAGUGCUGUCUUGAUCCUAUUCCUCUUCCAAAUCCUUUGGAAGAAGUCCCCAAACUUUUCCUAAGAGGCUACCUUUGACUUUCCCUCAGUUUACUGUUCUAAUUUUCUUGCCCUAUUUCUCAGCUCCCUCUUUCCAUUUCCAAAGAAAGAUUGAUCUCAAUGACCCUUAGAUAUUGACUGUAUUAACCAUUUUCCAUUCUUCCCAUCUGUAUCUUUUCCUUUUUCAUCUACUUCAUUAAAGCCUAUCAUCCUUUAAAACCCAAGUUCAAAUCCUUCCUAAUUGAAGCUUUCACUCUUAAGUGAUUUCUUCCUCCACUAAGUAUUAUUCGUUGCGUGUAAAAGUCAUUUGAUAUGUUUGUUGUUUCAUGACAAACAUGACAUUUUUGUAUUUAUUUAAUUUUCAUUUUAUUUAUUUUUUCACUCAUUUUUUUAAAAUCAGCAUUUUGUUUUAUGUUUUGUACCUCCCAUAGGACCUCACAUAUAGUUGGUUUAGAGUAAAUCACAACCUUAAAGGCUUUCUUGAGAGAGAUUGAGGAAGGCAACCUGGAAUGGCAAUUGGCGGAACUCAUGUUUCACUGUUCAAGCAAGCAGUAAGGAUUUAUUAAGUGUUUAUAAUGUAAAAUACUCAUUACCUUCAAGAAGGUUACAUUUAAACAGUGAAAGAUUAUUAUAUAUAAAAAGGAGCUGAAACACAGGAGGAUACGCACUCAAGUCUAUAAAGGACCAAACCAGUUCACCAAUGGGAAAAGAGGACGAGCAUGGCUGAAGCAUGCUCCUGGGGAGGAAUACCUAGGCAGUGAAGGAAAAUCCCAAAAGGCAACUGAAUUAAAAAAAUAUCUCUGCAAUCACAUGGCCACUUCCUACUACACUCAUCUCUCCUUCUAAGUAAAUGUGAUCAGAUCAACUCUGUCAAUGUUCCUUAGAUAUGUUAUGUUCCUCCACUUUCCUAUAACUCUACUUACAAUCCCUGUCAUUUUCCAAAUCAAA